AUGGCGGACAGAGCUGAGAUGUUCUCCCUCUCCACCUUCCACUCCCUCUCUCCUCCAGGCUGCAGGGCUGCGCAUGACAUCAGUCUGGAGGAGUUUGAUGAUGAAGAUCUGUCCGAGAUCACAGAUGACUGUGGCAUCGGCCUCAACUACGACUCUGAUCCUUAUGAAAAAGACUCCCUCAUCCUGGAGAAGUGUGAUGUCCACCAUACUGUGUGCUCAUUCCAAGAUGACUUCCAAGAGUUUGAGAUGAUUGAUGAUGAAGACGAGGAUGACGAGGAAGACGAGGACGGAGAGGCAGAUCCUGAUGCUCCACCUUCUCCUUCUGUGUCUCCUCCUCCUUCCCCUACUUUAGGUUCCCUUAAGAGCCGCCCCACAACCUUAAACCUGACCACUGCAGUUUCACAGGAUUCCUUGAACAACAACAGUAGUGUAUCUCCACGAAAGUCAAGCUGGCAGGAAUGUCUUCGCAACUCCACUUCACAGGGUCGUAUGUCUCCAAGCCACACUUGUCUUGAGGAUGGUUCCCAUGUUACUGGCACAUGCACAGGGGCUCCUGGCACCGCCAUCUCCGCCAAAGGUACUCCCCCAAACCCACCUGGCCACUGUGGUCUCAAUCAGUCACCUGGCAGGCCGCUGCUGUACGACUUUGAGGGCAACAGACGCGAGCGUCUUGAAUACGGUUCCUUUGGCCAGCACAACUCCUCAGGCGGUCCUGUAAUCACUGAGAUAAAGCCUACUGCUGAAGCAACUCUUGAGGAACGCGUCUCCUCAGGUGAUGAUUGCACUUCCCAGUGCUCUGAUACUGAAGUUGACCAUGACCUCAAUGGCCAUGCCAAACGCCGACAGUGCCGUCCUCGACCUGAUGACACAUACACCAUCACUACGGAGACUGCCGAUGACCCAGAGCUGGAGAACGACCUUACGAUGGAUGGCACCAGCAAAUGCCUAUCAUCUACAGCACCACUAGGGAAUGAUGCAGAGACCCCACUGUCAGAUGAGGAGUUAGAUAAGGAAUUUGAGAUUGACUUCAUGAGCCAGGAGACCUUUGCUCUAAAUUGUAAAGGAGAAGAGGGCUCAUCCUAUGUAGAGUUUCCCAGCAUUGAACCCACAGAUCCCUCUUCUCUCUCUGCCCAUGCGUUGUCCAGUCAGUCUGAACCCAGAGAUGAGUCUUGUGACUUGCUUCCUAAUCAACCUGCUGCUGUUGCAUCAAAUGACACAACAUCUCCUUCCUCUGACCCUGGCAUUGCUGACAUGAAUGCCAAGCGCUAUGCAGAGUCAGACCAUCACAGUGAUGACCUUAGCUCCCCUGGAUCUGACUCUGAUCUUGAGGGUGAAUUAGAGGCAGAGUUUGCCUGUGGUGGUCCCCUGGUAAGUAACAUGAUUUCAUCAAUCUCUGAGACAGAACUGGACUUGACUAGUGAGUCCAGCAGUGGAAGGUCCUCACACCUCACAAACUCCAUUGAGGAGGCCAGCUCCCCAACAUCUGACCCUGAACUGGAUCAUGAGCUUGAUGUUGAGCAAGACAGUGGCAUUGUGGGUCUGAAGACAUCUCUACUUUUAGGCCAACCUGAGCCCAUUAAACAAGACCUUUCACCAUAUCUGAAGCUCAGUCCAGACAUCCAUCCAUUGGAUGAUGGUCAGGCCCUGAUGGGGCUACAGAAUGUGGAUGACGAACAAGAGUUUGAACAUCAAGCUGAUCCAGAUGAGACUUUGCCUCCUGCUGUGCCCUGUGAUGACAGCGCAACUCAGCAACUGCUGCUGAAGAUUGAACCAGAUCAUAGCCUGGAAAGCUUUAAACGAUCUUUCUACCUUCCUGUCGAACCUAGACUCUUGCCCUCAAUGGAUGACUAUGAUGGAACCACUGAAGGAGACUCCGAGUCAGAAUCAGAGGAUGAACUUAGUGAGAACUCAGAUUCACCAUGGCUUCUUAGUAACCUGGUCAACAAGAUGAUUUCAGAAGGGUCCUUUCCAAUCAGCUGUCCAGAGGAUUGCCUCAGACGCUCUGCCUCCAUCUCUGACACCAUCUCCCCCUCAUCUGACCUGGACACAGAAGCCUUCAAUGAAAGUGAAGGCUACAGGACACAGAUGCCAAAAUGUGAAGGAGACUCCCAGGAACAGCCAUCAAUGGGCUCAGAAAUGAGGACAGAUGAAGAAAAAGAAGAUAGAAGAGACAGUUGUGGAUCAGGAGAGGAGCAAGAAUGCAAGGCUGUCAGUUCUUGUCUAUAUAUGAGCAAUCCUACAAAUGAUACCGUUGUUCCUGUGUGCUUGGAGAGAUACCACUCCAACAACACAAAUCAGGACUUUACAUCCCAGAGACCACUGAAAAAUCAACAGGAUGAGGAAGAGGAGGAGCCAAAUAAUGACUUGAUGAUGGACAGGAUGAAGGACCUGGACUCCCCCAGCUUAAGCGAGAGCAUCAUCAGUGACAAGGAUGAGGGGCGAGAGACAAGAAUGGAUCCACUUUCUCUGGAAAAAAUGACAGAGGUCAAAAACAGUCUGACGCUUGACAUCCCUACAGCACAGACUAAUCGCUGCUUCAGCCUCACAUACUCCACAGAUAAUGAUGAAGACGAACAGGAUGCAUCACCUUUCCUGGAGGUUAUCCACAAUCCACCCUCACCAUAUGGAGAUGACACUUACCUGGACAGUUCCCCACCAAUUGAUGAGAGUGUCCGGGAGUUGCGAAAUACCUUUGAUCCAGUGGGUGUCAGACCUGUGGAUGACUCCCUGGCAUAUGAUUCAGUAAAGUACACUCUAGUUGUGGAUGAGAAUACUACUCUGGAGCUGGUGAGUCUGAAGCGAUGCACCUCUGUUCUCAGUGACGACAGUGACGGACUCUCCACUGUUUGUGAUGAAGAGGUUGCUGAUGAGGAUGAAGAUAUCUAUGGGCAGAGCCAGACUGUUGGAGGAAUGCGCCCUGAUCUGUUGUUGAGCUCCUCCUCAGAAGAAGACUCUUCACCAGAGGCAGACCUUCCUUUCUCCAAGAAAUUCCUCAAUGUGUUUGUCAAUGGCACAUCACGAUCCUCCAGCACAGAAUCGUUCGGGUUGUUCUCUUGCACAAUAAAUGGAGAGGAGAGAGACCAGACUCACAGAGCUGUCUUCAGGUUUAUCCCACGUCAUGCAGAUGAACUCGAACUGGAUGUCGAUGACCCACUUUUUGUUGAGGAAGAGGAGGAUGAUUACUGGUACCGUGGCUACAACAUGCGCACAGGGGCACGGGGGAUCUUCCCUGCAUAUUAUGCUCAUGAGGUCAUUGGCCAAACCAAAGACCUGAUGGCGAUGAAGAGAAACCCAGCGUGGAUGGAGAGUUUCACUGUGCAGUUUUUGGGUUCAGUUGAAGUGCCUUACCACCAAGGCAAUGGCAUCCUCUGUGCUGCCAUGCAGAAGAUUGCCAUGGCGAGGAAGCGGACAGUGCAUCUCCGUCCUCCAUCUUUAUGUGAGCUGGAGAUUAGCCUACAGGGAGUGAAGCUGAUCAUGAGUCUGGAGGAUGAGUAUGACCUCUCCGAGGAGUUUGACAGAUGUAGUCACUUCUUCCAGAUGAAGAACAUCUCUUUCUGUGGAUGCCACCCAAAAAACAACUGUUACUUUGGCUUCAUUACCAAGCACCCAGUCCUGAACAGGUUUGCAUGCCAUGUCUUUGUCUCUCAGGAGUCCAUGCGGCCUGUGGCUGAGUGUGUGGGACGUGCAUUUCAGGAGUAUUAUCAGGAGCAUCUUGAAUACGCCUGCCCCACUGAGGAUAUCUACCUGGAGUAG